GCUCCACAGCCGGUGCACAGGCGGGAAGGGAGCAACCCCGAAGGCAGGGCUACCCGACAGUCAUCCCGAGAAGGCGCAAAGCGUUCGUGCAGCCGGACGGUCUCGGUUUCACGGGAAGACCGUGUCGCUCUGCCUGAGGACGGCGGUGACCCAAGCCAGCAGCGGCCGUCCCGUAACACUUAUCCCGCCGAAGGGCGCGCUGCGCCCUCCCAGUAGACCGGGUUUGGGUCUGCCCGAGGGGCCGCGGUGGCGGGGCGUUAUAGGUGAAUAGUCCCCAAAAUGUGGCGGUGUCGGUAAGGGCGCUGCAGAGACGACCACCCGGAGAAGCAGGGCUAGAGCCGGCCCCGACAGCCCCUGCCCGGGGCACACUUCUUCCAGGGGCUACCGUGGCCGGGGUGCAUCUGCUCCGCUAAACCGGGAGAGCUAGACCGAGAGAGCCCUUCGGCGACGAGCUGUGCGCCCAAGGAAGUCAAGAGACGGCUGGGGGAGAGGGAGGAUGCGUCCUGCAGUUACUUAAAAUGCAAGCGUGCUCCAAUCCCGGGUUUAUAAGCACGACUCCUAUUCUUUAAGGCAUCUAUGUACAUUAAAACACGAGCACCGAGCCCCGCGGCGGCAUCGCCGCCUCUGCAAGCCCUUCCCACCACCUCCCCUGCGCGCACACACACUCACACGCUCUCACGCUGGUUUCUCCGGCAUUCCCCCCCGCCGGCGCCGGCCCCAUGGCUCCCCCCGCGCCCUCCCCACGCCGCCGGCGCCGUGCCGCCGCUGCGGCCGCUACUCCCGUUGCAAACGGCCCCUGAAAAGCAGCACUGCCCUGUGCUCGCCUCCCCGGGGACGGCCCGGCCGCAGCUCGCCCCGUCGUGCCUGGCCCGGAGGGGAGGGAGCGCGGGCUGCCGCCCUCGCUGUCCCCGGCUCCGGCCACGGCCAGCGAAGCCCAUCCGCAUCCUCGGCCAGCGUCGUGAGACGAACCCGCGAGGGCCGGGCGCAUGCGCGGGGCUGGCGAGCAGCCGUCCCCGGGCGACCAGCCCGCUGCUACCGGAGGGGAAGCGGGCGAGGAAUCCCGGGGGGGCCCCGCCGCCGACACCCCCAUGGGAUCAGAGCGGAUGGAGAUGCGCAAACGGCAGAUGUCUGCGACCCAGGAGACCCCAGGUGCUGCACAGGCUCCGCUCAGUGCAGGAAAUCGAGGGUCCAAUGCCUGCUGCUUUUGUUGGUGCUGCUGCUGCAGCUGCUCAUGUCUUACUGUUAGAAAUCAAGAUGAAGAGAGAGCAAGGAGAACAUCUCAUGAACUGCAAGCAGAGGGUAUUCCAAACUGCGAGGAAAGCCCUGCUCCUACUCUUGAAGAAGUAAAUGCCUGGGCUCAAUCAUUUGACAAGUUGAUGCUUACUCCAGCUGGCAGAAAUGCUUUUCGUGAAUUUCUACGAACAGAAUUCAGUGAGGAAAACAUGCUUUUCUGGAUGGCCUGUGAGGAACUGAAACAAGAAUCCAACAAAAGUGUCAUUGAAGAAAAAGCAAGACUAAUUUAUGAAGAUUAUAUUUCUAUCCUUUCUCCAAAAGAGGUCAGUCUGGACUCCAGAGUAAGAGAAGUUAUUAACCGAAAUAUGCUGGAACCCUCACAACAUACCUUUGAUGACGCACAGCUUCAAAUUUAUACCUUAAUGCACAGAGACUCCUACCCACGGUUUAUGAACUCUGCUAUUUAUAAGGACUUGCUUCAGUCCUUAUCUGAAAAAUCCAUUGAAGCAUAGAAUUUUUUCUUAAAUGUAUUUAUUUUAAAACAAACAGAACUCUGGGCUACAUCAGUCCACAGGGAAUUUAGAAUCAAUCAGAUAUUUACCUGAAAAUAACUCAGGCAAGUUUUACUACAGACUGAAUGAUUUAAACCUGCACAAGGCUCUGGCACAAUCAGCUAACUACAAUUUCUGAUCAAAUUCAGUGUGUCUUUGCAAAAGAGAAUGAAGAGAACGAGAAAAUGUUGUUCAAAAACUGCAGUAUUUCUUCUUCUUCAAAUACAGCAUGCAAUUCAGAAGCAAAACUCCUAGCAACGUUAUGUCUGAGGCACAAAUACCAACUGAGCACGAAGACUACCUUUUAUUUCUAAGUGGAUUGUUAGAAUUUUUCUGGAAAACCAAACCAGUUGCCCCAUCCACACUGUGCCCAAAGUGAAAACAGUACUGUCAAUAUCUGGGUUACAUGAAACAAAAGUUCCACAUAUACCUGGCUUACGUAUGGUCCACUUCUCUUGGUAUAUUUAAUGCAUAUAUGGUGCACUAAUGGAAACUGAUAUGGCAAUCUCAAGUUUAUGGAAGCUAAUGGUUGUAAUCAUGCUGCCUAUAAAAAUCUUUUCCUAAGAAUUGUUAUUUUACUAUUAGAGUCUGGUGAAUGCAUUUUUAAGUUCAUACUGUUGAUGUUUAUAAAGUUAAAUUAUUUACUUCAGAGGAAGAAGAGUCUCGGCAUUUAAAUUCCAAAACAAAGCACAAGAAUUCUCA